AAAAAGUUAGAUUUAUUAAUGGACAAUAUAAUUUGGAUCUAACUUGUAUUACCAAUUGAGUUAUUGCAAUGUCAUUUCCAGCUUUUGGAUUUGAAAUUACUUUCAGAAAUAAUAUAGAUGAUGUUGUUAAAUUUUUAUAAGAACAUCAUAGUGAUCAAUACAUGUUGUAUAAUUUGAGUAAUAGGAAAUAUAAUUAUGAGAAUUUUUGGAGAAAACAGAGUAAUUAGAGUGAUAUUAAUCUCAGAUUCUUGAGUUUGCAUGGGAAGAUCAUCAUUCACCUCCAAUCGAUAUGUUAUUUGAUAUUUGCAAAAAAGUGAAUUUAUUUUUAAAUGAAGAUAUCAAUCAUAUUGCAAUCAUUCAUUGUUAACAGGAAAAGGAAGAACAGGAACAUUAAUUUUUUGUUACUUAAUAUAUUGUGGAAGAGCAAGUAAUACAGAUGAAGCUAGACUCUAUAAUUCCAAAAAAGAUUUAAUAAAGCUAAAUCAGGAGUGACCUAACCAUCAUAAAUUAGAUAUAUAGAAUAUUUUAAUCAAGAAGUUAUUGGCAAUCUCUUUUAUUGGGUAAAUAUGAUAUAUAAAUAAAUACAGCCCUUCACCUAAAAUGUCUGGUAAUACAUGUAAACCAUAUUCAGAUAUAUACACAGUUAAGAAUAUGUGAAAGUAAAUAUCGUGAAUAUUUUAUCGAAUAGAAUAUUUAGUGGGUUAUAGGUAGCAC